AAUUAAUUAAAAAAAAAUCAAAAAAUCUAAAAAAGUAAUUUCUAUUAAAAAAAGAUUAAAAUGGCUGAGAAUCCACCUAUAACAGACGACGGCAUUCCUUUGAGAGUUGGGGAUGAAAUGUUCGUAUUAGAAAGAAAGAAUGUAGAGUUAGAAGUUAAAAUUGAAAAUUGCAAACCAUGGGGCAAGCGUUCAGCAACAGGAAAACUUUUUCUUACUACUUGUAGAUUAGUUUUUGUAAACGAAAAGCACAAAAAAUCAGAUUUUAAGUCAUUUGAUAUUCCUCUUUUUAACCUAUUUUAAGAAAAAUUUGAGUAACCAAUAUUUGGCUCCAACUACUUAUAAGCUAAGACCAAGCCUUUGUAUGGACUAAUUCCUGAUAUAGCAAGUUUUAAGCUCUGGUUCAAAAGUGGAGGGUGUCAAAAGUUUCUUAAUCUUUUUGAUGUUGUCCUAAGAGAAGUGAGAUAAAUUAAAAAUAGAAAUUAAAUGAGAGGAUUAAACUAAAGAGUCUAAAAUGGCUAAUUUUCAAAUAAUGCAGCAUACUCUGAUCCCAGCGACCCAACAGUUAUUUUUGUUACUUAGCCUUAAUAAUAAUUUAACCCAAUGGGAAAUAACUACUACCAACAACCAUUUUAAGGAUAAGGUUAAUUUAUAGGAUCUAGUGAUCCAAAUUUUGUACCUCCCAAUCCCUUACAAAAUCAAAAUAUGUAGCAAUAUCCUAAUAACUAAUUCAAUCCUAAUUAAUAAUUUAAUCCAUAGAUGUCCUAACAAUAACCAGUUAACUAUAAUUAUCCUUAAUAAUAGCAGUAAUAAUAAGUGCCAUAUUAGCAAAUACCUCCUUAAUAGUAAAACUAGUAAAUACCUCCAUAGUAAUACCAAUAAAUGCCUUAAUAAUAAUAUCAACAAAUGCCUUAAUAGCAAUAAAAUCAGCAAGUACCUCCUAAUAAUCAGUAAUAACCACAAUAAUAAUAACAGCCAGAUGCAGGUUUUUAUUUUGGUUGGUUUGGUCCUUAAUUAUAAAAUAACUAACAUUGA